AAUAAAGCUUUGAUCUUUUAAAAUUUAGUAAAUAAGGCCAAGUCCAAGUGGUCAACUGAUAUUGUUUUGUGCAAUAAAACUUGCAAAUAAAAUAUUUUCAAAAUUCAGAAUCAUUCUUUCCAAAAAAUCUUGAAAGAUCUAUGUCUUUCAUUUACAGCAAUAAAUAUCAAUUUUUGUCAUAUGUGAGUCCAUAAAUUCCAACUAAAGAUAUUCUUUGUGGUUUACUGUUUUCUACACAAUAUAAAGAACAUAAUGUGUAAAUAUAACCUUAAUAUCUUUAAUAUUGAUUGAGUAAGGUCAUCUCGAAGGUUGAAAUAGCGAUAGUGAUAUUAAUGGUUGAAAUGAAUUCUCCUUACUUGAACUCCAUGACUUUAGUCUGAAUUUUACAGACAGGGUCACAAAUAUUCUUAAAGUACUUUGCUGUAAUAAGUUUAUGAUGAAGAUCAUUGUGGACGGCAUAUGGCCUUUUUCUUACUGAUACCUUAGCCUCGGUUGAUCUCUGACUUUGACUUCCCAGUUCUUGCAGAUUGUAACUUUCAACACUGGAGCAUCAUCAAAGCGAUAUGUGGCAGGAUUCUGACAAGUGUUACGCAAUUUUAAAGGUGGGAGGUAUUUGAAAGUCGCUUUGUGCAAUGGCAUGUCUUUACAGUGACGUUCAUGAAAAACAAAGCUCUUCACUGCACCCUCCCUGAAUGCAGCAAAUCUGCCUGAACAUGGAAUUCGUAAGCCUAAGGCAGGAGAAGAAAACUGUUUAGUAUAUCAAGACCUCUUAUGUAGCGCAGCUGUCAAAAUAUCAAAACAAAAGGACAUAACACUGCCCAACAAGUCAAACAAGUCUGAAGUCUGGAAAGAGAUUUUGUUCAGUGAAGAAAAAUGCCUCCAACUCAAGUGACCAAAAAACCCCGUAUUGAACGCACCACUAAAGGUUAUGUGGGUUCUCUCACCUUUCCUGUGAAAUUCCUGGAUCAGGACUAUCAGGAGUUGCACCAGAAUUGCCAGGUCAAUAAAAAGAAAUAUGACGAUCAGAAGUUCCCUCCCGAAAGGAGCUCCAUUGAUCCGUGGAGGAAGCUUAAAUUGAAUCAGGACAAAAUCAAGUGGUUGAGACCAUCUCAAAUAGUGACAGACCCUCAGCUAAUUGUAAAGGGGGUUUCGAGGUUUGACUAUGCCCAAGGAUCCUAUUUAGGGAACUGCUGGUUUCUUGCUUCAGUUGGAGCUUUAACCUUCCAGAAGGAUAUAUUGAAACAGGUCAUGCCAGCUGGCCAGUCAUUCGCUAAGAACUAUUCGGGGAUAUUUCACUUCAGAUUCUGGCGUUUUGGGAAAUGGAUUGAUGUGGUGAUUGAUGAUAAACUGCCAACAAUUGACGGCAAACUCAUUUUUGUUCAUUCAAAAACAUCCAAUGAGUUUUGGCCCGCUUUGCUGGAGAAAGCUUAUGCCAAGGUGUGUGGCUCCUAUGCUGACACACAUGCUGGUUUAGUGUCAGAGGCCCUCAAGGACUUUACUGGUGGGGUGCAUUUGCGUUUUGAGCUGAAAACAGCUCCUUCUAACUUGUGGGAACUGAUGGAUCGAGCAGCCAAAGCAAAAGCACUGAUAGGGUGUGGCACUCCUCAGGGGAAAACGUCUGCGAACACAGUAUUACCUAAUGGCAUAGUUGAGGGUCAUGCAUAUACGGUGACAGGGGUUUUCAAGGUAACAUACCAAGGACAACCAGUAAACCUGGUGAGAGUGUUAAACCCAUGGGGACAUGGUGAGUGGACCGGUGAUUGGAGUGACAGAUCCUUGUUGUGGAACCAAGUGAGUGAAAAGGAGAGAACCAGGUGCCGUUCAUUGGCCAAUGACGGGGAGUUCUGGAUAUCAAUGGAGGAUUUUACCAAACGCUUUGAAGACAUGGAUAUUUGUUGCCUCGAACCUGAUUUUUUGGGUGGCUCCUCGAAAUGUCACUGGACGUCCACUUACUAUAAUGGCAGCUGGGAGGCUGGAACAACAGCUGGUGGAUGCAUGAAUCAUCAAGACACCUUCUGGACAAACCCACAGUUUAGGUUUAGGAUUGAAGAGCUUGAUGAGGACUGUGCUGGUGGAAAUUGCCCUGAAAACAUACUGGUGUGUCUCAUGCAGAUCCAUGAAAAGAAAAACAGAAGUCUUGUGUCUAACCACUCCAUUGGCUUCUGUGUUUUUCCGGUACCAACAGGGGUGAAAGAUGAGGUAGGGAAAUUCCCAGCCAAGUUCUUUACUCGCAUACGACCUGUGGCAGAUUCUGAGAGCUUUAUCAAUGCAAGAGAAGUGAUGAGUUUCUUCAAGCUUGACCCAGGGGAGUAUAUCAUCAUACCGUCCACUUUCAACCCUAAUGAAAGUGCCACAUUUCAGCUAUCAGUCUUCUCAAAAAGUGAAUCUCACGAGAGAAAUAAGAAACUUGUGAUGACAUAUGUAUGAGGUCAUUAUUAACGGCCAAUCAGCGAGACUAAUAUGCAGUCAUGUAUGUGUUGUGUGCUAUUUACUGUACAUUGUUUAACUUCCAUUAUAGAUGAAGCCUUACACAGUGCAAGGUUUCAUCUAUCUUUUUGUUUUGUUUGAUCCUUGGCUUCGUUCUUGUUUUACGGUAAAUUUCACAAAUUCUGUCAAAAAAAAGAUUUGAUCAUAUUCAACAGGCAAAUCUUUGACUAUUAUUUACUCUUUAUAACUCUUUAACCAUCCUACUCAAAAUGCAUGUGGGGAAAACCAAACUGUGCUGGUUAUGUUUAUGAUUGCUUUUCUUUUUUUCUUUUUAUGUAGUCUUUUAGUUGAAAUUGUUAGUAAUUUGUAAACUGUGUAACAGUUUUUAAAAGUUAAUCAAGUCAUUGUGGUAAAUUUGUGUUUGGCUUAUGUAUAGUCAGUCAUUUGUGAGGUAUGACCUCACUUCACUGUUACAUUUACAUUUACUGUUUUAAAUGGCAUUUCACAAUAAUCUCCUCUCGCUAUGUUCUAACAAAUGUUAUCGAACAACAUAAUAAAAAGAACUUUCCAGAGUCACAACAAAGUGGUCACGAAUAGCAAAAUAACAAUUAGCACACAAUUUAUUUCUAUAAUAAUUAUCAUUGGUAAAAAAGAGAUGUAUGUAUUUGGCAGCGGCUUUUACCUAAAUGUACAAUAUAGGCAUUUUAUACAGUGGUCAAUCCCAGAAAUUCAAACCUAAGAACUUGGAGUUGUUAUCACCACUUAUUAACAAUGGAACAAUAUGAGACCAGUCACAGUUAUUGGUUAA